AACUCGGUCAAAUUUUCUCUAUAGAGAGAGAGAGAGAGAGAGAGAGAGAGAGAGAGGAAUGGUGAUUGACCAUUUCCAAAUAAUGUAAAUCAGUUAUGACCGUUAUCCUUUUAGCAGCAACUAGAAGAAGGUGUUAAAAUUUUCAUGACCAAAAGCUCUCCUUCCUAAAACAUUGCCUCCUUAUCAGGAAAAACAAAGUCAUUUCUGCUUCACCUAUAAUCAAGAAAAUGAAAAUAACCAACGACGCCCAAUUCCAAUUCUCAUUAUAGGGAAUAAAACACUUUUCUCUCAAAAUCUCUUAAUUACUCUAAAUUUUAAAACCAUCAUCCACCCUCGCCCAGGAGGGAUGGAGAUAGAAAAGAAACACUUAUUCAAUCUUUUUCUAUCUUCCUCAUUGUCGUCAUCUUCGAUGGCUAUCCUCCUGGCUCUCCUCUAUGCCUUCUUCGUUGCUGCCUCUGCAGAAACCACCACCUUUGCUCCUGCUGAUCAGAUUCUUAUCAGUUGUGGCUCUAAGAGCCUGCCAGCCAUUCCUGAUGGAAGGGUCUUUAAGACUGACCAUGAAGCUGAAAGUUACUUACAGACUGAAGAGAAUAUCUUAGUUUCUGUCCCUUCUGCAGAUGUUCCUUCCCCUAUAUAUCUAUCUGCCAGGAUUUUUGUUCAGGAAGCCACUUAUACCUUUACAAUGAAAACUCCAGGAUGGCAUUGGGUACGCCUCCAUUUCUUCCCGCUCAAGAACACACGGUUUGAUCUCCAGACAGCUACGUUUUCAGUCACUGCCGAUAAGUAUGUUCUCCUCCACAACUUCAACGUCAACAAUGAAACUAGACCUUUCCUCAGGGAGUACCUUAUUAAUGUGACUGAUCCAAAGUUUUCCCUUCACUUUCAACCUAUAAAGAAUUCUGCUGCUUUCAUCAAUGCCAUUGAGGUUGUUUCUGCCCCCGAUGUUUUGCUCCCUGAUGAAGGCACUGGCCUCUUCCCCAUUUCGAGCUUUUCAGGCUUGACCAGUUAUGCAUACCAGGUUGUGUACAGGCUUAAUGUUGGAGGACCUUUGAUUACCUCAGCAAAUGAUACCCUUGGGAGGACUUGGGAAAAUGACAAUAAGUACCUUAAAGACAUAGCCUUGGCUAAGAACGUAUCCAUCCCUACUUCCUCCAUCAAGUAUGGAACAGGUAUCUCGCCUCUGAUUGCACCUGCAACAGUUUAUUCAUCUGCUCAGGAGAUGGCUGAUGCAAAAACAUCGCAGGCAAAUUUCAAUAUAACAUGGCAAUUUGAGGUUGAUACAACGUUUAAUUACCUGGUUCGGCUACAUUUUUGUGACAUUGUGAGUAAAUCACUUAAUGAUCUUUACUUCAAUGUGUAUGUUAAUGGAAAAAUGGCAAUUUCUGGUUUGGAUUUGUCAUCCCUCACGAGCGAAUUGGCAGCUCCCUAUUUUAAAGACAUUGUGGUGAAUUCAACGUUGAUGACUAAUGGACUGAAUGUUCAAGUAGGUCCAAUGGGUGAGGCUACAGGUACCAUAAAUGCUAUUCUAAAUGGAUUGGAGGUCAUGAAAAUGAGCAGCUCAGUUGAUAGUUUGGAUGGAGAGUUUGGGGUUGAUGGCAGGGUGGCUUUUGCCAGUCGUAGCACGGUUGCAGCUGUAGGUUUUGCUAUGAUGUUUGGUGCAUUUGUUGGUCUUGGUGCUAUGGUGAUCAAAUGGCAUAAGAGACCCCAAGACUGGCAAAAGAGGAAUAGCUUCUCUUCUUGGUUGCUUCCUAUCCAUGCUGGUGAUAAUAGUUUCAUGAAUAGCAAAACCUCAAUGGGCUCUCAUAAAUCUUCUCUUGGUCUAGGUCGUUAUUUCUCCUUCUCAGAGUUGCAGGAGGCCACCAAGAACUUUGAUCAAACUGCAAUAAUUGGAGUUGGUGGGUUUGGCAAUGUCUAUCUUGGUGUGAUUGAUGAAGGUACACAAGUUGCCGUCAAGAGAGGUAAUCCACAAUCUGAACAAGGAAUUACAGAGUUCCAGACAGAAAUUCAGAUGCUAUCUAAGCUCAGACAUAGGCAUUUGGUGUCAUUAAUUGGGUAUUGUGAUGAGAACGAUGAAAUGAUCCUAGUUUAUGAGUACAUGUCUAAUGGGCCUUUCAGGGAUCAUCUAUAUGGUAAGAAUUUACCUCCAUUGUCAUGGAAGCAGAGAUUAGAGAUCUCUAUUGGAGCUGCCCGUGGACUUCAUUACCUGCAUACUGGCACUGCACAAGGUAUCAUUCACCGGGAUGUAAAGACCACAAAUAUUUUGCUUGAUGAUGCCUUUGUUGCCAAAGUUGCAGACUUUGGACUUUCUAAAGAUGCACCUAUGGGUCAAGGCCAUGUAAGCACUGCAGUGAAGGGAAGCUUUGGGUACUUAGAUCCUGAGUACUUCAGGAGACAACAACUAACAGAUAAAUCAGAUGUGUACUCAUUUGGGGUGGUGCUGCUCGAGGUGUUAUGCGCAAGGCCUGCCAUUAAUCCACAACUCCCUAGAGAACAAGUUAACUUGGCUGAGUGGGCUAUGCAAUGGAAGAGAAAAGGAUUGCUUGAAAAGAUCAUUGACCCUCUACUUGUAGGCACAAUCAAUCCUGAAUCAAUGAAGAAAUUUGCUGAGGCUGCAGAGAAGUGCCUGGCUGAACAUGGAGUUGACAGGCCUUCAAUGGGAGAUGUUCUCUGGAACUUGGAGUAUGCCUUACAACUUCAGGAAGCCUUCUCACAAGGGAAAGGUGAGGAUGAAACUAAAUCAUCCACAGGUGUAGCAGCCUCCCCUGUUGUAGUAACUCCAAGUCCUGUUACUCCCACUACUGAUGAUCGUCCUGUUUCUGUACCUGAUGAAAACAAUAGCCCUGCUGAAGUUAGGGCCAUUAAUGAACAUUCAGGAACUGCAAUGUUUGCCCAAUUUUCAGGGUUGAAUGGUAGAUAAAACCCUGUAAAAAUGUGCUUCACUAACUGAAGAGCCCCUUAAAUCAGUAACGGUUCAAGCAUUUGACUUCAUCUUUGUACUAUCUGAGGAGCACCCACCACUGUUGGUAGCUUUUGCUGUUUGCUUCAAAAACUGGAUAAUACUUAGCAGCAUUGGAGAGCUCUCUCAAGGGCUAGGAUUGCUCAUAUACUUUUUAUAUAUAUGAUGGUGUAUCUAGCUAAGUGUUCUAUCCAUUUUUUUUAAUCUUGCUAUUUUUGCCUUUUCUUAGUAUUUGAUUUCGUGGUUGUAGAGAUUUGUAUCUAUUAUAAGACGCCAUUUUUAUUAACUGGGAUGGAUAGAUUCAUAGUUGCAGCAAUAUAUAUAUAUCAUUUUUCCACUUAUGUUAUUACUGCAAAUUUUGUAAUUAUC